CGCACGCCGCGCAGUGAUGCAGAGCCAUGUGCGCCAAUGUGUUCCACCGCACUUUGGAGGAGAGCAGCGGUUGUUUUUGUUCCUCGUCUGCUCUAGAUUCUGUACACUGGGAAGUGUGUUUCAGAUUUCAGAAGAUGUACCUUCAGUGAGGCGGUCUGUUGAGUCUUUAAUUUGAAGACUGAGUCAUCGCAUAAAUUCUGACUGUGGUUUAACGGACAUAGAUUGAGAGCCAGAGAGAGCAAAACCAGCUGAAACUGGACAGAAGAGGAAACAAGAGGCUGAAAGAAGUGAGAGAGUGAGGGAGAGGAUGAAGAGAGGAAGCAUCUUGUCCAGCAGAAGUCUAGAGAUGAGUGAAAAAACUCCACAUUCAGCGGCCGCUCCUGAUGGCGGAUGGGGCUGGAUGAUCGUAGCCGGAUGUUUCCUCACCACUGUCUGCACACGUGCAGUCACUAGGUGUGUUUCCAUCUUUUUUGUGGAAUUCCAGUCAUACUUUUCCAGAGAUUAUUCUGCAACUGCAUGGAUACACUCUCUGCUGGACUGCACCACAAUGUUGUGUGCUCCACUGGGUAGUUAUAUAGGGAACCGCCUCUCUUCUCGUAUAGCUAUCAUGUUUGGUGGGCUUCUUUCCGCUGCCGGCCUGCUGCUCAGCUCACUGGCCACCAGUGUGGAGUUCCUGUAUCUCACACUGGGUGUUCUUACAGGUGUGGGAUUUGCUCUAAGCUACACUCCUGCAAUUGCCAUGGUGGGUUCUUACUUCAGCGAGAGAAAAGCGCUGGCUUACGGGAUCGCCAUGUCAGGCAGCGGCAUCGGAACCUUCAUACUAGCACCCGCUGUCCAACUCCUCAUUGAGCUCUUCUCCUGGAGGGGUGCGCUGCUCAUUCUGGGGGGUUUGGUGUCCCACCUGUGUGUCUGUGGAGCACUUAUGAGGCCUUUGGAAGGUCAAAGCGGGAGACAGAAAGAGAUGGACUUGGAGGGUGCCAAAAAGGUUGAUUUCCUAAAUGUGAAACUUGCUGAUGCAGGCCACAAUAUGGAAGUGAGUGCACAGGAACAGAGAUCGGUGGAGGUAAAACUUACGAAUAUGGAAAAGAGUGGGGAAAAUGAACAUGCUGAGAAUAUGCAGAGCGAUGGAAAAGAACGGAUGCAGUCAGAGCCUUCUGAUGCAAAGCAAACCCACUCCAAUGUGGAAAUAAACCUUAGACAGGAAGACUCAGAGACUGUGACCAGAAGCACAGAUGAAUGGGACAAAGAAUCAAAGCCAAAGUGCUCAGAUACAGACAUCUCAGUCCCAGCUUUAGUACAAUCAGGUGACUUGCCUUUGGACUGUUUGCCAACCAACCAAGAGGGCACAACUUUCCCAGAAUCAAACACUAAUCACAAUACUUUGGCACAGUCAAAAGUGGCAAACACAAAAUUACUGAAGCAGUCCAGGGACAAUGUAUGGUCUAUCAUAAGAAAAACAGUAUUGAGAGAAUAUUCCUUCCUGUUGAUACCAGACUUCUUAUUGCUGUUGGUGUCCUUCCUGUUCCUUGCAUAUGGUUGCAGUGUGCCAUUUGUGUAUCUUGUGCCAUAUUCCCUGAGUGCAGGUGUCAGCCCUCAGCAGGCAGCAUUACUCAUGUCCAUACUUGGAGUGUCAGGGAUUGUCGGUACUAUCACUUUUGGAUGGAUUGCAGAUAGAAAGUGUUUGAGGCCAUAUAGGGUGGUGAGUUACAUGCUGGCUGUGGGGUCAGAAGGGCUGAGUUGUCUCUUUCUGCCUCUGCUGAAUGGUUUUUCCCUGCUCGUCCCCUUUUCUCUCAUCUACGGCUGCUUUGAUGGAGCUUACGUGGCACUUAUUCCUGUGGUGACCUCUGACACCGUCAGCUCCACCCACCUGACCUCAGCUCUGGGAGUUGUUUACUUUCUUCACGCCAUCCCCUACCUCAUCAGCCCACCUAUUGGAGGUUGGCUAGUGGAUCAUACAGGUUCCUACACAGCUACAUUCGUCCUCAGUGGAGUCGCUCUGAUCUGCAGUGCUGUGAUUCUGGCUGCUGUGAGAGUUAUCAUCCGUUGCACUAGAGGAAGCUCUUGCUUAAACUGACUCACAAUCAGGUACAAUGGAGAUUUCUAAAGCAGUAGAAAAAUACUGCGACAUUGAUGUCAAGAAACAUGAAAGUGCCCCUCCAGAGUUAAAAAUGGUUUUCACGUGUUCCUGAUCUGAAGCUUAUAUCAGUCAGAGUGAUUGCCACAAAUACAUGCUCUUUUGUAGCAUUAAUGAACACAGAACUGACCAAAAGAACACACUGCUCUACUACUGAAAUGCAGGAUUUAUGUUCCAAUUGGUUAAAAGCGUGUUUGCUACAAAGGAAAUUAGUUUUGUAUUUGAUACUUAUUUGUUAUUUUAAUGUGUCUCUCUCAGCUGAUAUCUGAUUGGCUAGUCAGAGAAAUGAUCAGAUGUGCUUUGCUCAAUAGUUACAUGUACACUGCUUCAUUCACAGCUCAGUGUUUUUAUAAUGUACACUACC